AUGUGCCAUUACUUCUGGGUGGCAUGCGAUGGUAUUAGCGACAUGGUGUUUGCACUAGACGUCGUUGUUCAGUUCAGAACUGGAUAUCUGGAACAAGGACUGAUGGUAUACGAUUCCAAGAAACUAGCUAAGCACUACAUCAGAUCGAGUUCUUUCUUACUGGACAUAACGGCGUUGAUCCCAUUAGAUCUUCUGCAGCUUCGCAUCGGCACUAACCCUAUGAUACGCUUCACGAGAUUUUUUAAGGUGUACAGGGCAGUAAGCUGUUACUACAUGGUGGAGUCAAGAACAGUUUAUCCUAAUUUUUGGAGAGUGAUCAACUUGAUUCAUAUCUUACUCAUCCUUGCACAUUGGUUUGGGUGCUUCUACUUCUUACUCUCUGAGUUUGAAGGUUUCCAGGGCGACUGGGCUUACCCACAUCGUCCAGGAGAAUACGCGACGUUAACUCGCAAGUACUUAGGUUCCCUUUACUGGUCCACGCUAACGCUGACUACCAUCGGCGAUCUUCCAACACCUGAAACUAAUGCUGACACGCAUGGAGGCCCCAAAUUUUUGCCGCGACGGGGACUCAAAUCCCGACUUCUGCAAUUCAGAUCUAACCGGGGAUACGUCUUCACGAUUGUCAGCUACUUGAUCGGCGUGUUCAUCUUUGCAACAAUAGUGGGACAAGUUGGAAAUGUCAUCACUAAUAGAAAUGCCAAUAGGCUUGAGUUUGAACGCCUACUAGACGGGGCGAAGACUUAUAUGAGGCAUCAUAAAGUCCCAGGAGGUAUGAAGCGUCGCGUAUUACGUUGGUACGAUUAUUCGUGGUCGAGGGGAAGGAUCCAAGGAGGUGGAGACAUUAACACAGCCUUAGGACUGUUACCGGAUAAGCUGAAGACUGAACUGGCUUUGCAUGUAAAUUUAAGUGUUUUGAAAAAGGUGACCAUCUUCCAAGAGUGUCAACCAGAGUUUCUCCAUGAUUUGGUAUUAAAAAUGAAAGCCUAUAUUUUUACCCCCGGCGAUUCUAUAUGUAGAAAAGGUGAAGUGGCACGAGAAAUGUUUAUUAUAGCAGACGGUAUUUUAGAAGUAAUAUCAGAAACAGGGCGAGUUCUGACAAUAAUGAAAGCUGGAGAUUUUUUCGGUGAAAUUGGGAUUCUAAAUCUUGAUGGGCUAAACAAACGUACAGCAGACGUAAGAUCUGUAGGUUACUCAGAGCUUUUCUCUCUCUCGCGAGAAGAUGUUUUAGCGGCUAUGAAAGAUUACCCUGAAGCUCAAGAUAUAUUACAAACUCUCGGCAGAAAACGAUUGCAGGAAGCAAAAAAUAUGUCUAGAAAAUACGCUAAAAAUGAAAUAAGCCCGGAUAAAGCUGGAGAUGAUAGUGCAUCUAAGAGGAUAGUACAUAAACUUCGAACAGAUGUUAAGGGUAUAAGAAACGCAAUCAGAAGUAGAUCACGAACAGGAAGACGCUCUGGAGAAUCCCUUGAACUACAAGCAUUAUCCAGCAGUGAGCCUAAACUCCGUCGUAUGCCACGCGUUGAGAGCGAUGACUCUCAAGCCCAUAACCAAGAUGAUAAUGAGGAGACUACUUCUGGUAGCAAAGAUGGUGAGAAAAGUGUUUCGCCAAUCGGAGCAGGUUUACCCCUCCUAUCUCGUUUAAAACUACUGAAAGAAAAACAGGACCGCGAAGAAAAAGUUGCAAAGCAAAGGCUUUCGACGUCUUCAGUAAUAUCUCCUCCUCCGCGUCAACCAACACCUUCAACUAGUUCAACGGCUGAAGGAGAACCUGAUGUUAUAGGUGCGGGACUUCCCUUAUUACAAAGACUUCUAUUAUUAAAAGCAAAAGAAGAAAGAGAAAAAAAUCAGUUAACACCUACUUGCAGUAAUCAACCAUCCAGUUCUGAAACUAUUAGUCCUAGUUCAAUUAAAAGUCCUUUGAGUCCUACAGCAAAAAAUCUCAGCCCAAUUCGAAAAGAUUCAGAAUCUAGUUCACCGGGUAAAAUACAAAGUCCGACAACGAAAACAUCAAGAAAAAAUUCAUCUGGAUCAAGUGAUGGAACUACCAGACCAAAAGUCAGUUUCAAAGAUAAAAUAUUGCAAGUACAAAGUGAUGGGACCGCUGUUUGUCAACCGUUAAGUAAAGAUCUCAGUGAAAAACCUGCAGCAGUAGUAGAACCUACUCAAAAAUCCGAUGGGACUUUAAUAUCUAUACCACAUUCAGUAGUCAGUAAAAUAAAAUCGCCAGCCAAAUCUGUGGGUUCGACUUUCCGAGAUAAACUCAAAAUAUUACAAAGUGGUAAUUCCUCAAAAGAGAAUGAUAAUUCAUCUAUAGAUAAAAGUAAGGCACCAACUGUAACUGUAACUGAAAAUGCUACUGCCGAAAUAAAUCUAGUGCAGUCCAAAGAAAAGCAAGAAGAAUUAAAAAGUAAAAAGCCAUGGUCGACGCUUAAAAAAGCUGCUAUAUUAGGUGAAUCCAAAAGUUAUAGUAAAUCUAGCAUUGAUGAAAAACAAGUAGAAAAUGUUUUAAAAGACACAGUAGGACCCAAUCUCUCAGAGAGUGUAAAUAUAAGUGUACCUUUGAUAAGUACAGCGGAACUUGUGAAAAUAGAUAAUAAUAAUAUUGAUAGUCAACAAGCCAAACAAGAUAAAGCAAAAAGUUACCCUCUAGAACCCGUCCAAGAAAAAUCCAUAGAUUUCUUAACUAUGUCACCCAAAAAGAAUAUUGUGACCAGAUCCCAGGAUAGAAUAGGUACAACUAAAGGAGCAUCGCUAUCAAAAGAUAAAAAAUAUAGAUCAAUCGAUGACUUGUCUCCAGAAUAUGGUGGUUUACCAUUUGUUAAAAAACUCAAAAUAUUAAAUGAACGACAGAAACUAGCAGAACUUGAAAAAGUUAUAAAAAUAAGAAGCUCUAGCCUAGACUGUACAAGCUCCUCAGAGGAUCUACUUUGUGAAACUCUCACAAGAAGCCAUUCCGAAAGUAGUACAAUGGAUAAAAGGAAAUUCAAGCGGAAAUCUACAGAUUCUGUCGAAAGUCAUGGAUCCAAUGAAACGUUAGAAAGACGUACCCUGAAAUCAAUAUUAAAAAAACUAUCAGAAGAUGUUACUCCUACUGAAAGUCCUGAAAAAAGUAACGAAAUGCGCAGACUAAUACGAGCGCCUACAAUAGAAGGAUAUGCGGCAAGACAUUCCAAAUUUGCUAAAAGUGUAACAUUUCAUCGACAUACUUUACCAUCACCUCCUGGAAGUAGUCCAAUGGAUAUGGCAGACGAAGUCUUUGAAAUGCCAACUCCCAUUGAGAUUGUGCAACCAACCACACAAACAUCAGACAUUAAAUUACCUGACUCGCCAGAAUUACAUCUAAGUAAUGUUAGCGUUAACAUAGACCCAAAAUCAAUUAAAAAUGCACAUGAUACAGAAACAAAUGUUAAAACUCAAUAUAAAUUACAAUCAAAUAUAGAUCCUGUUUGUGAUUAUGAAUCCCUAAGGCCAGAAGAUAUAAGGGUACCAGAGAAGCCCGAGUUUACCAUAAUAUCCGCUGUAGCAAAUCAACGUAAGCUAUUGAGAGGCUCAAUCGAAGAGCAAGAAUAUUUUGGAGAAGUUUUAUUUGGAAUAAAACAAGUAAUACAGGGUCAUUUACAUGAAGUGCAAGGAAAGUUUCAGGAAAGAUUUAACAGUUUAGAAAAUGAAGUUCGAAAGCGAGAUGAAAUUAUAAGUCAACUACAAAAACGUAUCCAAGAACUUGAAAGAUUAGGUUUAAGAUCACUAUCAAUACCAGCACAGCCUGAAUUAGAUUACCAAUUUACCGAAAAUAAAAAAAUGGUAGAGAGUCAGAUACAAUCAAAGAAUAGCUCAGGGAGCGAAGACAUGUCGGGAAAUGAAGAAGGAUUUAUGAGAGGAGAUUCCUUAGACACAGUCUUUACAUCAUCGCCACAAGAAGUAAGUGCUGAAGAAUUAAAAGCAUCCGAUAAAGAUCAACAGGCAAAACAAAUAGCAAAAUCAAUAGCGACUGCAGAUUUGUCGGAAGAAAAACUCACUGAAUUGACAGAAGGAAUAGACCUGACUAAACUUUCGUAUUCAGAACUACAGAGCUUAGCAGAUUCACUAUCAUAUAGGACAGCUGAAACAUCAUCAAGUAACGAAGAUUGCUCUAUAAGCAAAUCUAAGAGAUUAGAUUUAAAUUUAGACGGAAAAGCUGGAACAUAUUUAAGGAGGCGUGCAGAAAAGCUAAAGCAAAGAAAAUCUUGGGAAGAUCAAAAUUAUCAAGAGUCUAUGGAAUUACAAGAUUUGACGAGGCCAAUAUCACCACACACGACUUCCGAAAACCGUUCUUUGCUCAGUCCCGAACAGUCCAGUCUCCGCACAAGUAGACGAGCAAUGCAUCCUUUCCAUUUCUUCGGCACUCACCUCGAUAACACCAAGACUAAAAUAAAGAAAACUUUAUCAGUUGAUACUGGAAUGCAUCAUACAGGACAAAAAGAACGAAAACACAGCUCCCAACAACAGCUUCGAAAAUUCAGUCUUGGCUCCUUUUUUGGUUACAAUCGUGGUGCAACGCCGAAAACUAAUUGCAAUGAAGUGGUAUUGGAUAUUGGCAGCGACUGUAGUUGGAGUGAAAGUACUUCGACAUCAUCGAACAGUGACUCCGAAUCAGUUCCUCGAACGCCAGUUUUUGAGGAAUUUGUUGAAAGCAACUCAAGACGAAACCGUGGAUUUUCAAGUCAGGGGAAUAUAUCACCAAUCACAGUUUUUACAGGUAGUGGGAGCGACUGGGAGGUGAUGAUGCUCGCUGAUGAACUUCAGAAAAGAGAGCGGGAAAUGGGAAGAGAAGAUGAAAAUAGAAGGUUACACUACCCAUGCGGAUUGAGAGAUUUAGAAGAGGAAUCCGACACCCCACAACGAGAAGAUAGUCCAGAUGAUCUUUCUAAUUUGGACGAUUCGAAUUCUACUACACAAUUACUAUCGCAGUCCAAUAGUGAGGCUUCACACAGGUCACUUGAGACUUCUUUCACUGAGAGCAGUACGGCAAGACAUCGAGUUGGAUCUGCCGGUGAACAGGUACGACCAGAAUCUUCAUUACUCCAAUCCCGAGGACUUAUACUCCGAGCAGCAAGUCUCGACAGAGAAACAGCAAGUUCUUGUCAAACUAAAAGAUUCGGAUCACUUAAGAGUUCUAGCACGGAUUCUCAUAAGCGACUC